AUGUUCGUCCAACUGCGUGGUGUGGUGUACUUGUUGGUACUUCUGCAUUGUUGCGUGUGUGUUGUGCAUGCAACCGAUGAGGAGGAUGCAGAUGGCAACAUUAAGGCAACGGCGAAUAUGUUGAAUGCGUCGUUGAGGCAGGCUGAUGCAUUGUAUGCCGAGGGAAAGGGAUGUCUGAAAAUGUUGGAGGAAGAAAUGCAGAUGUGUCGUGAAAAUUCUUUGAAUGCCGGUAAUGCAGCCAAGAAGGCGGAUGAAACUGUCGCGUCGAUGAAGGUGAAAAAGGAGGAACUUAUGAAGGGAAAUGGUAGGGCUGAUGAAUUUAAAGCAUUGUUGAAAGUCGCUGGUGAUGCAUUACGGUUAACAAAAAAAGCAGUUGACAAUGCCUCAAUAUUUCUUCAAACGACAAGACAAACAAAGAAGGCCUGUAUCAUUGCUUUUGACAACAUGAAACCGGAGGCGGAAAAGCUCAACAUCUCGUUUCCUUUUUUCUCUGAAGCGUUGAGUAGCAUGCGGGAAACGGAUGAGAAAAAGGAAAGAUUGGUGCUUGUCGAAAGAAGCAGGGAGAGAUAUGACGCGCUUUAUAAGCUCAUGGAAUCUUUGGGAAAAGCACUUUUGGAGGUUUAUGAAGUUAGAUCGACGACCAAAGAAAAGGCGAUUGACGCCAAACGAGGAAUGCUUGAGGCACGUAAAGAUCUCGAGAAAAUUGUAACUGAACUCAAGGAGGAGAGCGCAAAAAAAAGGGAAACCGAUGAAAACCCAUUGAAAGAGGUUGCGGAGGCAAGCACGGAAGAAAUGGGAAAGGUUAAUGUGGUGGUGAAAGUGGCUGAUCCCGGAGUUCCGAUUGCACAGACCAUACAAGGCGUUAGGGAUGAGCUGAAGAAAAGGAAGAAUGAAGAAGCCUCGCUUAUAGAAACGCAGUGGGCGGCUGCAGAAAACGCGGUAAGGGAAAAGAUUGAAAGGGAGAGUCUGGCCAGGGAAAAGGCGAGAGAGGCUGAAGAACGGGCAAGAAUGGAGAGGGAGAAAAGAGCCGAAGAAGAGGCGAAGAGGGCUAAAGAAGAAAGGGAGAGGAAGGCCAAAGAAGAAAAAAAGAAGACCGAGGAAGAAAAGGCUAAACAGGAAUUGGAGAGAAAGGCCAAGGAAGAAGCGGCGAAACAGGCAGCACAAAAGGCCAAGAAAAAGAAGGAUGGCAGCAGCAGACCUGCAUUGGUGCACGGUGCCUUAUUGUUGAUUCUUCUUCUUAUUUUUUUGGGUUGCACUCUCGUUUGCUGA